ACCUGAUAGGGCUAAAAUUAGCCACAAAGUUCGGCUCCAGUUUACAGCAGUAGUAGCGAGUGAGUGUCAGGAGUGAGUUGAUAACAGCUGUGCAGAGUUCAGCUGGCUCAGGACAGCCUCAGACACUGAGAGCUGAGCAGAAGUGAACAAACUGCGGAGCUGCUGCAGCCGAUGAGGCGGGGCGAGGUCUGUCGACACUACUUUUUUCCUCCGGUCGAUGCGUCUCAGACAUUCUCGCCAACAUGCCUCAAGCAUGACAGAAAACUGGUUUAGCUGGGUGACGGGGGAAAAGGCAGUGUAAGAGGAAACUUUCGGCAGGUCACACCUGGACUUGGAAGCUCGGUACAGCUGUGAACAACAACACGGUGAAGAAAGCAAGAUGACUGCUGUGAAGUUUAACCGACGGAGAGCUUGACGGGUACACCAAUGAGACCACAGUAUGGCGCGUCGCUCUCAGUGUUCCUCUGCUGGCGAUAACCCCCUGGACCCCAACUACCUCCCUCCUCACUACCGGGAAGAGUACCGCUUGGCUAUUGACGCUCUGGUUGAGGGGGAUUUGGAGGGGUACUAUGAGUUCAUCCAAAAGGCGGAUGUGGUGGACUUUCUGUCCACACCUGAGAUUCAGAACAUUCUGGGCUCCGUUCAGGGUCCCCAGCUGAUCGGACACCCUGAACAGCCUUUUCUGGAGAGCGGGGGAGAUGGAUCCUCAGACACUUACUGGCCAAUUCACAGCGACCAGGACGUCCCAGAUUUGGACCUCGGGUGGCCCCACUUGCAACUCUUCAGUGUGCCCACAGAGGUUACCACUCUGGUUAACCCCCCUGAGCCAGACAUGCCAAGUAUCAAGGAGCAGGCCCGGCGACUCAUCAAAAACGCUCAACAGGUCAUUGCCAUAGCGAUGGAUAUGUUUACCGAUGUUGACAUUUUUGCGGAUGUCCUUAACGCUGCCAUGAGAAACGUUGCUGUCUAUAUCCUUCUAGACGAGCUGAAUGCACAUCACUUUGUGAGCAUGGUAUCCAACUGCAGAGUAAACCUGCAGAGCAUUCAGUUUUUACGAGUGAGAACAGUGUCUGGCAGCUCGUACAAGUGCCGCUCAGGCAAAUCCUUCAAAGGUCAGAUGAUGGAUCGCUUCUUGUUGACUGACUGCAGGGCUGUGCUGAGUGGAAAUUACAGCUUCAUGUGGUCUUUUGAGAAACUACACCGCUGCAUGGCGCACCUGUUCUUCGGACAGCUCGUGACUACCUUUGAUGAAGAGUUUCGGAUCCUGUAUGCUCAUUCCCAGCCACUGAUUGUUGAAGAUGUGGUUCCUCCAGUGGAAGACAUAAAUCCAUUACAAAAGAGGGAAUACGCCAGUGACAGGCUAUCACUGUACAGGGAGCCUAUGAGAACUCUACCAGCAGCUGAUUCUAGUCAACCAGAUGAAUGGGCCAGACAGUCCUGUGAUGAACGAAUGGAUGACGAUUGGAGGAGGAGGCCCUUUAAGACUAAGGAACCCCUGCGUGGACCUGCAGAUUUGUACAAUAGGUUUCCCUCCCAGCAACCACACAUGGACCCAUCAUUUGAUCAGGGACGUGUCAGGAUUCCACCGAUGGAAAAUCGACCCUUUAAACAUCCUGGCUUUGCUGAAGGUGUUCAAGGAAGAUAUUCUUAUCCAUUCCUGCAACCUCAGGGAAUGCCAGAACCUGAGUCCCAGGGGAGGCAUUUUUACAGGGGCCAGCAGCCUUAUCUAGGACCAGCACCAGGACCAGAAGCAGAUUACAGCUCUGACAAGUUCUGGAACCAAGGUUAUCUUUCAAGAGAUCAAUACUCUGAAUCUGCUUUACCACAAGAGAUGCAACCCCCGGAUUUUGACCCAGUUUUUAACUACUUGUCAUCUACCAAAGACUAUGAUCAGAGCUCAGAGAAAAUGCUGCCUGCAGCAGAUUUUAGUUCAUCUCAACCUAGAAGACUGAGUUUAGGCCAUCCAUAUACAUGCCAAACCUCUCCCACGCCCUCCAGCCACGCUGAUCAGAGGCAGUUUCUUCAGGAGUCUAACAGUGACCGCAAGGAUCCCAUGGUUAAAAAGGGGCUGCGAAACUGGAGGAUUAACUCAUACCUUAGUGCAUAUGAUAAUUCAGGAGAUGAAGGCCUGCCAGUGGCACCACCUCAGGCCCCAGAUCCUUUUGAAGAGCCCCGUAACACCAUGCAGAAAACAGCACCAGGGGUCGAUUUGUCAGGUCCUAAAAUCCCAAAUGUCAGAGAGUUCAAAGUUCCUGUUAUAUCCAGGGUGAGUCAGAUACCAAAUUAUGUCAAAACAACUGCCAGAGAACAGCCUAAGGUAUUGAACGAUGAACCUCCUGCAGUGGCAGAAGAAACCAAAACAACACCAUCAACAUCAGAGCCCCAAACCACAAACGAGGGGGAAAAGAGGACAGAGGAGGCAGAACAAAAUGAGCCAAAGACUUCUGUUCUUCUGAGGAGGAAAGUAAAUGCUGGAGGAAUGAACAGGUGCUCCAGGUUAAGAUCCUCUCUGAUAUUCAGCUCUCUAGACCAGCCAGCUCCUCAGGAUAGCCAAACUACCCCUCCUGAGCAAAAGGACGGAGACACUGAAGACAGUGACAAAACUGAAUCUGAAAAGAUAAAACUACCCUUUGUUUCUCAAGUUCUGGGACAAAGGAGAAGUGCUGCUAGAGAACCUUACGAAUGGACUCGGUACCUAAAGACAUCCACAGAAACAUCAAAACCAGACAAGGAAAGCAGUAAAGGAGAUGAUAAAAAUUCAUCAAAGCAAGAAGAUUCAAAAGACGUUUCUGAAAAGCGUGAGGAAAUAGAGUCAGCAAAAGUACCCCAUGUAGAGCAGCCUAAUCUUUCACCGUCCAUGCCUCGAUCCAAGCUUUCUGAAGCUGAGCUACCCAAAAUCAAUCAGCCGGUACAACCACCUAAACCUUUAGCCACCCUUCUACCAUACGCAGAUAUGAAUGAUCCUGAUGUAAGAUUGAUGUUUUUCAAAGAGUUGGCAGCAAAACGCAAAGCUGAAGCAGCCGCAAAAGCUGCAAAGGGCAAAGGAAAAGAUCCGGUGAAACCAGAAACUGAACUAAAAGUCAACAGUGGUGUCAAAAAGGAGGGACCUGAACCAAGAGAAUCCUCAGAAGACAUGGCUUCCAAAACUGAGGGGGAAAAGAGUGCUACUGCAGACGGUCAGUCAAGUCAGUCAGCUAGUGUGUCUUUAGAAGCCAGUGAAAACAUUAACCAGCAGGACAGUCAGAUCGAAAAUCACUCCAAUACCUCCCAGAGCUCUAAAGAACAAAAUAAAGUAGCAGAAGAUUUAGGCACAACAAAACUGGACAACAGUCAGUCAGCAGAUCUUCUUCCUGCUUCCUCAGAGUUACCUCUGAACAAAUCACCACAAGAACCCAUGCUGUCAGAUCCUGCUGAUGACAAGAGCAGCCCCAGUCAUCCACCCACAAAUCCUGCUCCCGCUAAUGUUUCUUCACUUACACAAAGUACUGAUGAAAAGGAAAGCCCAAGCCUGGAUUCUACCUCAAAGAAGUCUAAAUCAGUCUGUGCCAAUUCUGAUGAAGGACUUUCUGCGUUGGCUUCUCACACUCAAAAUCCUGAAUUGACUCAGUUAGCAACCAGCAUCUCCCCUCCUGCAGUAACAUCAACAGUUGACGCCUCUGACCCAUCAAUGCAGAGAUCCUCCUCUGAGAAUAAUCUGCUAGAUUCUGGUUCACAGAAAAGUCCAGUUUCGUUAUCGUCCAGUACACCUUCUCUUUCCACCACUGAAGAGAACAGACUUUCAGAAGAUUCCAGCUCACCCCCUGCUUCUGGCAUAUUAGCUUCAAAUGAUGAUAAAACAGAGGCACAUGACUCUAUGAGCUCCUCGCCAAAAGGAUUAGCAGAAGAUUCUAAAUCUAAAGAUAUGAGUAACCAAACUCCUCUAGAUUCCUCUUCCAAGUUGCCGUCAUCCCAGACUCCUUCAGCAACUGACUCUGUACAUAUGGAAUCUGGUGUUUCUCCUGAGGUGUUUGUUAGUGGUGCUGAGCAAAGCUCCUCGUUACAGUCCACCACAAGCGUUUCUGGUGCUACAACUUCCACAGAAAGGUCAGAAAAAGAUAUUUCUGAAUCAGAGAAAGCCAAAUGUAAAAGAGAAAAAGAUCCUUCUGAAACAGAAAUAGGCAUGCCUGAAUCAGACAAACGUGUAUCUGAAUUAGAGAAAGUCGUGUUUGAAACAGCUAUUUCUGAAACAGAAAAGGCCAUUUCUGCGACAUCAGACCCAGGAAAGGAUACUUUGGAAUCAGAGAAAGGUGUUUCUGAAUCAGAAAAAGACCUUUCUCAAGGAGAAAAGUGUGUUUCUGAACCAGAAAAAUCUGAGGGAGCUCUAUCUGAAACAGAAAAUGCCAUUUCUGAAAAACAAGAAUCAGUAAAAGAUAUUGACUCUGAAAAGAGCAUUUCUGAACCAGAAAAAGAUAUCUCUGAAUCAGAAAUAGGCACGUCUGAAUCACAGACAGCUGUUUUUGAAACAGAAAAGGCCAUUUCUGAGACAUCAGACCCAGGAAAGGGUACUUUAGAAUCAGAGAAAAGUGUUUCUGAAUCAGAAAAAUCCAUUUCUGAAACAUCAAAAUCAGAAAAAGAUAUUUGUGAACCAGAAAACAUUGUUUCUGAACAAGAAAAGUCAGAGAGAGCUGUUUCUGAAUCAGAGGAAGGUGUUACUGAGACAGAAAAAGAAGUUACUCAAUCAGAAAUUGGUGUUUCUGAAUCAGAAAAAUCCAUUUCUGAAACAUUAAAAUCAGAAAAUGAUAUUUCUGAAUCAGAAAAGAGCCUUUCUCAUGUAGAAAAGUGUGUUAAUGAAUCAGAAAACAUAGUUUCUGAACGAGAAAAGUCAGAGGGAGAUGUUUCUGAAUCAGAGAUAGGUGUAUCUGAAACAGAAAAGGCAAUUUCUGAAAAGCCAGACUCAGAAAAGGAUAUUUCUGAGUCUGAAAAAACUGUUUCUGAAUCAGAGCAAGGUGUUGCUGAGACAGAAAAAGAUGUUUCUCAAUCAGAAAUUUGCUCAGUUCAAAAGCCUGUUGCAGAGGAUUCUUUGGUUCCUGAAUCUCCACAACAUGUCAAAGGUGAUAUCAUACCUACCAGCCCUUCUCCACCUGAGCCAGGUUUACCUGAGAUAAAGGAGCCCACUAUUACUGUACCCACACCAACAGAUACUCCAGCCGAGCAUUUGCCCUCAGAAGCAAGCUCCACUGUCAUUACAGACUCUACUCUUAAUGCUUCGCAGUCAGAAACAACUGCAUCUCCUCAAGACGCACAGAUACAAGCAACCCCUCCCUCUGACCUCAACUUUACUGGAGCUGAGGCACCAACCCCUGCUGAAACAGGAUCACGUUCCUCUCCUUUGUCUGAGUCAGUUGAAUUAGUUUUGCCCCCUGAAGCUAAAAAAGCAGAAUCCAACAUGUCUGCAUUGCACACUCUCGCUGAUACAAAUUCCCUUUCCAACCAGACUCCAUCAGAAUCGGAUAAAGCCCCCAAAACUCCCUCUAGCACAAAUGAGCCUACCUCAGAGCCACCUGUGCCUGCUGGAAAUAGUAAAACAGAGCCUGAGCAACUGGACACAGGCAGGAGAAACUCAGAUCAUACCCAGGGUACAAAGGAAAGCAGUGCCAAAGAGUCUGUCGGCAGUGAGAAAACGAAUGACCAAAUACAGCAAAGUAACUUUUCUGAAUCAGCAGAGAUCACAUCCAAGCAGCCCAAAUCGAGCCAGUCUCGCUACCACUCAUCCACAGCCAACGUGCUCUCAAGCAGCAACCUCAGAGACGAUACCAAGCUGCUCCUGGAGCAGAUUUCCGCUAAUAGCCAAAGCAGGAAUGAGGCUACCAAAGAGUCUCCUGUUACCGAUGACGAGAAAGAAGACAAAGCUGACAAAAAUGCUAAAAGGGAGAAAGAGCGAGGACUCGAUAAACGAAACAAAGAGCAAAAAUCACCUCAGGAGCGAGAAAAGCUGCUGGAGAGGAUCCAGAGUAUGAGAAAGGAGAGGAAAGUUUACAGUCGAUUUGAGAUGACAACUUAAAUGGGAUCCAAAGAAAGAUGAGAUAUUAAAAGGUGGAUACAGGAUGUGUAGAAGGAAGUGAAAUAAAAUAAAUAAAAAGCUGUCAAAGAUAUUUAUUAGAAAUGGGAUUUCUCUUCUGGGUUGUAUGGAAAACAAGGCUUAUCGUGCACAGAAGAGUCAGGGAACGUGUACUGAAGCGUGAAUUUAGACAAUAUGCAAGUUAUUGCAAAGCCGUUGUCCCAAUUACGUGCUCAACAACGAGCUUCUUACUGUGGCUGAAUCAUUGAGUUGCUCCCAGUAUGAACUGAGAGCAUGUGUGCGGGAUCGAACAUGUUUUUACUGACUGCAGGGUAACGUGCAAUGUGUCAAACCAAGUUUCUGUGAAGAGGCCUUAUUGACGUCUUUUUUACAACACUGACAGCAGCGUCAGCUAGUUUUAUGACCAGAUGUUUGAGAACUGAUAAUCUACAGUGGUCAGAUUUUGUAAAGCUGUAAUAUACUGUAGUUUGUAUUAUAAUGGUUCACCUUCAUCUUAAAAAGAUGAUAAUUACAUAUAUUUGGAAGUAAGUGUAAUUUGUGGAGGCACGUUCAUGCUGGUGUAAAUAAACUGUAACGUUUUUCAUCCUAAACAUGCAACCGAAAGCGAGGAAAUGCACACGACAUGUCGACGUGUAACACUGUGUCAUUUUUGUUUUCAGCUGUCGAAAGCAAAUGUCAUCGAGGUUAAUGAUGAAUAUUCAAAAGUGCAUCAGGUUUACUUCAAGGUCUUGUUUAUAUAAACCAUUCAACGCUUUUUCAUUUCCACAUUUUGAGGAACAAACCCCAAAAUCCAGCGUAUGAAGCUUUUUUAAGUGUUUACUUUGCCCGUGGAAAGCCAAAACAAUCUGACAGUAUGGGGAUGUAUUUUAUAAUCUGCUGAAACCAACCUUUUAAUUGUCUUUUAAACUUUUCUGUACCCUGCAGUCUUUAAAUCAGUACUUGUUCUGCAUGUCUGUUGAAACUGAUCUUGAAGCUGUGAAGAGUUUACAUAAGAGUAUGUAGAGCUGAGCGGUGAAAGUGAGUUCUCACAGAUUUACAGUGUCGUACCUGUCUUCAUCACCUUUUGCUGUUUGUAAAUAAAACUUCUUAAAUAUA